AAAAAAGUUUUCCCUACACAAUUGAGAUUAUGAGGGGUCCUCUAGCAAGAUGAAGACACUUCCCGAAUAAAAGAGAGAAAACCAGAACAUACAAAACGACACCGUAUAACAUAAGAACCCAGAAACUUCAUAGUUGCACUCAAACCUUCACGAUUACUCUCAACAAAAACACACUCUCUCUCCUUCUACUAUAUAAACCCACUUCACUCAUCUCAUCUCUCAAACAAGCAGCAAAACACAAACACAUCAACAUCUACAAACAACUCGUCAAAUUCAAUCUUAAUCUAAAAGAGUUACAAUCACUUUUAUUUACAAGCUAAUUGUACAAAAAAAUUGUACAAAAAAAUGGCAAUCAAGGGUAUUACAUGCAGUGCAUCAUCAGCUGCACCACUAGUUUCAAGCAGAACAACAUCUAGCAAACUAGUUGGAUUAGGCCCAUGUUCUGUGACUUUUCCAGCACCAAAGAAACCUUCUUUGGGGUCACGUUUGGUUGUAAGAGCACAACAAGGUGGAGAACAAAAUAAAGAGGGUAGUCAUCAUGUUGAUGUACAAGUCCAAAACACCAACAGACAACAGUCUUCGGCUGUCGAACGCCGCCCUCGAAGGCUUGCCGUCGACAUGUCUCCCUUUGGAUUGAUCGACUCAUUGUCACCCAUGAGAUCAAUGCGCCAAAUGUUGGACACAAUGGACCGUCUGUUCGAGGACACAAUGACAGUUCCAACUAGGAUGGGCGAAAUGCGAGCUCCAUGGGACAUCAUGGAGGACGAGAACGAGUACAAGAUGAGGUUCGACAUGCCGGGGCUCGACAAGGGGGAUGUCAAGGUGUCGGUCGAGGAUAACAUGCUUGUCAUCAAAGGAGAGCGCAAGAAGGAAGAAGGAGGUGACGAUGCAUGGAGUAAAAGAAGUUAUAGCUCAUAUGAUACUAGGCUUCAAUUGCCUGAUAAUUGUGAGUUGGAUAAGAUUAAGGCCGAGCUUAAGAAUGGUGUUCUUAACAUCUCGGUUCCUAAGCCUAAAGUUGAACGCAAGGUUAUUGAUGUACAAAUCCAGUGAAAAAUAUUGUCAUAGUUGAAUAAUGUCUAAGGAUCAAAGUUGUAAAACAAUGCAUACGUUUUGUGUAAGAAUGUGUACUCGUUAAUUAAAAUUUACAUGAUAUAAAAUAAGAUUUUUACAAACGUUUA